CUUGCGCCGCCGCCAAGACGAGUGGCGGCUGAACAGGGGCGGCGAUCUCCAUCUGAGGCGAGGAGAGCAGAGCAGGGGAGGGGAUCCUGGUUUCUGAUUCAUCUCUCUCUCCCACCCCACCGGGACCUGGAAGAAGCUCUUCUCCUCCUUAAUUUGAGGAGAGAGAGCCUUAAACCUCUCUCUCUCUCUUAAUACAAGUAGUAACAGUUUGUCCCAAGUUGGAUCCUCUUCCUCAUCCCCAUCACCAUCAGCCAUGAUCCAGGCCGUGAUGGUCAUGAGCACGCAGGGCAAGCCGCGCCUCCUCAAGUUCUACAGCUACCAUGUUUCGAUUCUACCCCCAUUCACCAUCCCCUCCAAUCUUCGCCCACCCGACAAGUGCUGGCUCAAUUUCCCCACCCAAGACCAAUAGCAGCUUAGCCCCCGAGAAGCAUCAGGAACUCGUCCGCGCCGUCUUCCAGUUGUUGUCUGCAAGGCCGGACAGUGUAAGCAAUUUCGUCAAGGUUGAUGCAAUCUUUGGACCGGGAGCGAAAUUGAUCUACAAACAUUUGGCCACAUUGUACUUAGGUUUUGUCUUUGAUGGCUCUGAAAAUGAACUUGCGGUGCUUGAUCUUGUGCAAGGUAAUCUAGCACAUUAUUAUUAAUGAAACUGCUUAUUAGUUAAUGAAAUUGUUGGACUCAUGUGACAUGCGAACAAGGCAACAGCCAUACAGACAUGGUUUACACUCGCAUACCAAAAAUAAUUGUUAUGUUCAUGUUCGGUCAUGCUACAUGCUUGUUUAGUUGUUUGACCUGCCUUAUUUUACAUGUUCAUUGUAAUGUCUCUUAUGCUUCUUUAUAUCAAUUCCUCUUUUAGAUUCAAACCCAUAGGUGAUGACUGUGGCACUUCUUUCAGUUUCAGUGUUCAUACAUUACUAUUUACUAGUAUUUACCAUUCUCCCAAUAAUUGAUGGUUUGCCACUCCUCAAAUCCCAACCCCAAACAUGCACUGUUUGUUCGUCCAAUGCUGGGUAGCUGCUGAACUACUUAGCUCUUUUCACUUCUGUUAAGUUCACUUUAACUCUCAAGCAUCUUUCCUAUCCUUGAGAGAGUACCAUGAGGUACCAUGAAGUACGAGGUACCAUGAGGUACCAAUCUAAUAUAACCGUUAAUUUAGAAGGGGUAUGAUUGGACUAAAUAAAGUUAAGGUGCCGCAAAUCACCGCCCACUCAACCAAUAGCAAUACCCUGUUCCCGUCUCCUACCUUCUACCUCAUCUCUGGCCGCCGUCGCAUCAUGGCCGCCGCGGCCACGCGUCACACAAGCUUCAGCCUCUGUCGCAUCGAGGCCGCCGCGGCUGUGCGUCGCACACGCGUCUGCCGCCGUCGUAUCGAGGCCGCCACGGCCGCCGUCGCAUCGAGGCCGCCGAGCAGCCGUCGCAUCGACCCCGCCACGGCCGCCGUGGCUUCAACGCCGCCGCAUAGACGUCGCCGCCUCCACCCGCCGCAUCCGCCGUCGCAGGCGCAUCAACAUCGCCGCCUCCACCCCGUCCCAUCCGCCGUCGUAGCCACCCCGAAGACUCCGGCAUCUUUUCCACCAUCUGGUGUGGACUCUGUCGUAAUAAGAACUAAAUUUGAAAUGUGCUUCAUCUGGAUUUGUUAUUUGUUGGUACAUUUUAUGGUUGAAGAAGUGAUGAAGGUGGUAAAUUAUUUGGCAGGUUCACUGUGCCGUGUACAGUGGAAGGUGUUGGUAGCAGAACAAAUAUGCUGUAUGAUGUUGUUUGUCUAAGUUUGAGCUGAAUUUACGUUGUAUGCCGUAUGCAUAAGUUGUUUCAACCAUUGUUGUUUGUAUCUUGUACAACUUUCAUAAAGUAAGUACUUGAA